AGCUAAACGUUUUCAACAACGAAUGAGGCAACGAGUUCGAGUACUGACUGCCUAAAAAUGAGUACGAGGAGAUACAAAAAUAAACCUUGUUGAUGUUCACGAUCUUGUUCCCCACCACGAUGCUGGAUGAUCAUGAUGAGACGAGGAAAAUAGAAAAAGUUCAAGUUCACUAAUUUAUGGCGCCCGUGUGCGUGGUGUGAAGAAAAGUCAAUUAGAAAUUGAGAAGUUUCUUUUAGUCAGAAAAUCUUCGACAGAGGGAAAGGUGAGAUAGCAUCCUGCCUCGUCCUCUACUCAGCUGAAAAUUUCAAAGCGGUCUCUUUUCUUGUGUGAAGAUUUGAGUACAUCAACGUGAUAGAAAAAAAGACUUUGUUUAUCCUUUUGUUAUGCCACAAAACAGGAAAAGGGUGCAUUAGUCGGUUUAGAGAUAUCGCUUAUUCGGCUGCAUAGCUUCAUAUUUCUACCUUGCAUUGUUUGACGAUUGAGUCUAGUAUUUCUUGCAAAAAUAACAACUUUAAGAUAUAUUUUGUGACUAUGUGGGUGCAAUAGAUGUAACCAACUGCAAGAAUUCGUAUCUCUUUUGGGACAUUGUUUUUGCGCCUUUUUUAAUAGAAAGUUAUUUUUUCGUUUUUUUUUUUAACAGAGCUAACAUCUAGGUGCAUUCUAUCUUACAAUUAGCAUUUUGUUUAUUGCUACUGUUGUUUAUGUAACUACUGUUACCAUUUGUGACAUCAAUAGGCCUACUUGUUCUAGAUCAAAACGUUAGUAGAAGUUCUAGUUUAAAGUUCUCAGUGCUGUCCGCGUGAGGCUGACAGGUGUGAAUCGUGUAACACAAUAAUCACAUGGUCAGGAAGAACGCAACAGCAGGCAGCGCUAGACCAACGCAGUGCCUACGACGCGUUCGGUUCUCGUACUCACUCUAAGCAGUGAUACGCUUCUUUUCACUGGCUGCUUUUCAGGCGAAAAAAAUCCACUAACGUAAUCGCAAAAGAUAUAGGAAUAGGUCUGUCUCACCUGUUCAACUCUUAGGAUACACACAUAUAAUUUGAUUUGAGCGCAUAGAAGUGGAUCAUUUUCCUCUAAGUACUAACUCGUAUGUUGAAUAACAACAAGUCGCAUAGCAUUUAUUGAAGAGUAAAAGACUCGUCACCAACACCACCUUAUGUGGGUGUUGCUUUAGACGGAGCUAGGAACCGCUGGGCUACUCCUCGCCUAAGAACAUAGCCGUAAAAACCUGUAUACCAUACGUUGAAGUUGAACAUCAUUUUGAUAAAGUCCAGGAGCACUUCUACUUAUAAAAAGAUUAGAACACAACAAUAUAGAUAUUGAAUGACAAUGCACUAAAUAAUCUAAACGGUCGUGGUUGUAUGUAACAUGUACAACAUGAUAUGGGAUCCUAUCACGAAACAAGAUAAGUAGAAAUGCCGUAGAACUCUUGUUCUUAUUCGAGGAGUCCUAGUAGUACCUACUGCCUAGAAGUAUUGAUGCGUGCGACGACACACCAACGACACAGCGAGCAUCAAGAUCUUCGUCUUCUUCUAUACUUGAAAAUCAGAGUUCUUCCCAGGGGAUCUCCUUAAAGCCUUCACUUCCAUCCACAACGAAGACGACGGUUGCAGUCGAAAAAUCCGACAAGAUGGAUUUAGACGAUCUAUCAGAUUGGGAACAUAACUCCCAUGGCGGCAAAUUCUGGCAUCAUGCCCUCGCCGGCGCUUCCGCAGGAAUAUGUGAGCACUUGGCGAUGUAUCCGUUCGACACGAUCAAGGUACUUUUCUACAAUUUUUAAAUGUUUUUGAUUUUGAUGAGUUUCGUGAUGUAAAAUCCCUUUCCAGGAGUAGAUCUAGCCUCGACGGUGUUUUUCCACCAGGUUGAUCAAAAUCAUACGACAGCAACUCAAGGAAGUACCGAAAUCGAAGUGUAUCUCUUUCCAUCGUCUUCAUAAAUCACAAACCUAUCGUCCAACAACAGACGAACAUCCAAGCUGCCCGACCGAGCGAGUGUGGACCUAGUGGUGCCACUGCUUGCGGCAGCUCGGUGAAAGUCCCUGGAGGAGUUUCAACUGGUUCAUCAGUAGCUUCCAGCUCAACAUCGUCGUGUGCUUCAGCUGGCGCCAGAACUGUUGCUUGUCCUAGGUCGACGGCAGGCCACUCAUUUUCCACAGUCACACCAACGGCGGCUAUGCCUAUGCCCGGUAGUUCAGCAGCGCGAGCAGGAGGCUUCUUUUCCGGUCUCAAUAUGGGCUCUGUACUCGGAGCUCCGAAUAUGGGUACCGUAGUGGGAGGACCAGCAGGAGCGGCUUCAUGCAGCACAGCAGCUGCGUCAGCUAUUGCUCCAGGAACAACUACAGCCCCAUCUAGUAGUGCCGCAGCAGCGGAGUAUUCAGGGACGCUCAAUACGUUUCGGGCGAUCAGAAAUGAGGCGGGAAUCCGAGGUCUCUACAGAGGAGUUUCGGCUAUGGCAGCAGGGUGUGUCCCGGCGCACAUCGGGUAUUUCUGCGCGUAUGAGGUAGUUCGUCAGAGGCUUUCUGACCUUGCGGCAGGGGGAAGCGCUUCCCGUUUGGCGAGUCUCACUGCGGGCCCUGGUGGCAGUUCAUCAUCUUCUAGUGACUCGGCAGGAGCUUUUGUGCGCAGAAGAAGUAGCACCAAAAAUAAAGAAAAAGGUGAAGAUCAUAGUACUGAAGUCCUCAGCGAAAGCAGUUCAGCUAUUUCGAGGAGAGAUCUCAGCAACUCAUCUAGCACCACCUUACUCGCCGCAGAUGAAGUAGUCUCCUCCCCUUCCUCAUCCUCUUCCUCUUCUUCCACCUCAAGCCCAUCCUUCUCAUCCUCAAAUAGCUCCGACAAGGAACAAGUAGUCGUUCCCUCCUCGAGUCAACAGAGUCUUUCUGCCGAUACAACGUGGGUCAUCGGCUCUCUAGCAGGUGCAGCUGGAGCAUUCAUGCACGAUCUCGUGCUCACGCCGUUGGAUGUAGCAAAACAGAGGAUGCAAUUGAAUAGCGCUCAUACGAAGAACUGUGCAGACUGCGUCAGACAUGUCAUCCGGACGGAAGGAUACGGAGCGUUAUAUUUAUGAGGCUGAAACUUCAUCUCAAUAGUCCUCGUAGAUCAACUUUUGCAGUAUUUACAGAGAUGCGUUUAAAAAGUGAUCAAUUCCAGGUCUCCUCCUCCGUCUCCCCUCUCUAAUCCCGCGUUCUUUCCCUGUCGCCUUACUUUCGAACGUGCCUUUUUCGAUGAUCAUGGUUGGAACGAAUGAGACGCUGAAGCAAGCCUUCAACGUGAACACUGUGUGCCAGUCUCGAGAAGAUUUCUACACCAAACUGCCAGUGUAUUUGUCUCUGGCCGGAGUAUCUUCCGGUAUUGCGGCAGUGUGUACGCAGCCUUUGGAUGUGAUAAGGACAAGGAUUCAAACACAAAGUUGCUUGUUGUCCCAGGCCUCCGCAGCAAAGGCUAGCAGUUUAAAAACCGCUGCCAGUAGCAAUAGCAUCCGAUAUCACGGACUAGUCGACGGUGCUGCUCGCAUAUUGCGGGAAGAAGGAGCGAGGGCUUUUUUCAAGGUACUACUUACCUAGAAGUAGAUCAAGAUGAUUAUGAGUUCUUGCAGUGUAUCAACAAUCUCGUCAAGCAAUUUAAGUUAUAAGAAAUUCUCUUAUUUCUUCUGUGCAACUCGAACUCCACACAUCACUUACAAUGCAUCUACAAUACCUCUCCACCACCAUCAUAACAGGGCUCAGUCGCGCGCGUGCUGACAGUGGUUCCGAGUCUGUCUAUCAGUUGGGCCUCGUACGAGGCGAUUAAAAGCUUCCUUGUUCGGAAUGACUUUUAAGUCGAGACGGUCUUCUACGUACUGGUGAACAAGGGUUCUUCUAGGUCAUACGCAUACGCUGUUCUAUUCCUGCUGACGUAGCCUCUGUUUUAUACAGAUCAUACAGUAAGAAGGUGAAGGUGCAAGUGUGUCUCCUGUGGUUCAUGAAUAUUUUUUUCUCUUCGCGAAUCAGACUCAGACUCGUCUCUCCUGCUAGUGCAACUACAUGUGUCUACGUAGAUUGAGUACGACCUACUUCUCCUUCUCGAUCAUCACUCCGUUUUCAUGUAUGAAAUGACAGCGAUCAACAUGUGUAUUAGUUAUCUGAUGUGAUAACAUCUUGAUCUUCUCCUCGAUCUUCACUUUUUAUCAUCUCUCCUGCACCUGCAUCAUCUAAAUUGUCACCACGAUUGACAAUAUCAUCGACCUGCGCUAAUAUUCGUAACUGGAAUGCUUCUCUCUCCUGUAGUACUGCAACAAAAGGCUAGGUCAAUGACGGUAAUGAUACUAGCACGAGCAUCACGAUGAUCACAUGCAUUUUUAUAAGACUCCAGAGGCAACAGGCCCAAACCAAAAGAUUGAAACUGCACCUCCUAUAUGAAGAUUACGUCACGAACUUCACACUUUCUUUGCGCGCUCAACAACAACAUUCUUUAUUUCUCGACCUUCCUCGCCAACUCUCCAGCAUAUUUUACUCACAUCAUUAUAAUAUACGUCCUGCUUGAGGAGCAUAGUAGGCAAAAAAGCUGCAAG